CAUCUUUUAUUAACUCCCAACUGAAAAUACAAAACCUGGAACUUAAAGGGUCCAGCACUAUCUGCUGGACCUUCAGCUUUACCAGUCUCUUCCCCCAGUGGGUGUCUUUCUCCCAAGUGUCCUCAGAGCAUUUUUCUCUCCCAGUGUCUCCUUGAGGCAGCUCUGCUGCCUCCUUUUAAAGUCUGAGGAUCAAUCAGCUAACAGCUCUCACCUGUGCUGAUUGAUCCUCAGUGGUGCAGGUGAAGGUGCUCUCUCCGCCCCUUCACCUGCACAGUUUCUGUUUGUACUUUGCUCAGACGUUUUGGGGAAACUUUUAUAUUCUCUGGCACAUUGUCUGAAAGAAGGAAAUUAAAUCUGAUCAGGUCUUUUAUGAGUAAGACCCUCGUUGUUGCAGUGUAUUGAACAUGUACAUUAAAGCUCCAUACAACAUCAGUUUGUCUACAUCUUCACUGAACCUAACACUCAGUUAUAAAAUACUUAUGUUGAUGUUUUAACGUUGAACAUUUAACUGCAAAUAUUUCUAUUGAAUUAUCACACACAUGUAAAAGUGUUUUCACCAUAUUGUUCGAGUGGUUGAUCACUUCUAUAUUUUGUGUGUUUUAAAUUCCUCUCUUCUAUAAAGAGAGUUAGUUGAUGUCAUGAGUUGUGAUUCUCUAUGUGUGUGUGUGUUUUCCAGGUGAACAUCUGUCACCUCUGGAAGCUGGAGUCUGUGUCUUCAUAUAACUGCAGUGAUGUGCAUCUGUCUGUGGAUCUCAACUAUGAGCAGGAGUGAGGUUGUAAUGACUUUAAACAUUAAAUGGCUGUGACAAAGUGAUGAGUCACUGUCAGGAAACAACUCGGGCUGUGUCUCCACCAACACGAGUGUGUUUGCAGGCACCAAAACAAUCUGUGUUUCCUGAACGAAUCCCCGCAACAGUUGAAUGUUUUCACAUCGAGUCUCUGGACCAACUUCUCCUCUCGACCUCCGACUGGUUUUUAUGUGAAUCUGAAGUUUUUAAAAACGUUUCUGAGAGAAAACACCGAGCAAAGUCCCGGAGCAGCGCGUCACACGGCGGCUGGCAGAGCCGCUUUCAACGCUUCCUGAAGAAAACACAGAAAAGUCUCGAUGUUUCAGUUGUUUCCAGUCGAAGAGAAACUCCUUCGCUCUCCCUUCGACUCUUGUUCACACGUUGUUGUUUCCAGCAAAAGAGAAUUUGAGACGUUUGUUGUCGAAGAGAAAACACAAGUGUUCCCGCAGCAGCAGCUUGAGUCUCCACGGUUCUCAUGGUGCGUUUAAGUACCCGUGUCUGCGCCGGGCUCCGCAUCAGAGUCGAGCUUCACGUCACGAUGGCAGAAGAAGUCGCUCCAGCUGCAGCUCCAGCGCCCAAGGCCCCGAAGAAGAAGAGCCGCAAGGCCGCUCCGAGCGGACCCAGUGCCGGGGAGCUGAUCCUGAAGGCGGUGAAGGCCUCCAGCCAGCGGAAGGGUCUCUCUUACAUCGCCCUGAAGAGGGAGCUGGCGGCGGCGGGCUACGACGUGGAGCACAGGGGCGUCCACAUCAAACGCGCCGUCAAGAAGCUGCAGGUGGACGGGUUCCUGGUUCAGCUCACAGGCGCCGGAGCCUCCGGGUCCUUCAGGGCGAGCAAACCCGUCCACAAGCCCAGGAAGGUGGCGCCGAAGCCCGCGAAGAAGAAGCCCGCGUCCAGAGCCAAGAAGCCCGCGAGCCCGGUCAAGAAGGGGGGCGUGGCCAGCAGGACCAAGUCUCCCAGCGCCCCAGCGAAGAAGAAGAAGGAGGAGGAGGGGCCUAAAGCUCCGGCUGCAAGGAAGGUGACGAAGAAGGUGACGAAGAAGAAGGUGGCCCCGCCCAGGAAGAGCCCGAAGAAGCCGCUGGCAGUCAAGGCCAAACCCACCAGCAGCAGGAGGACAGCCCAGAGGAAGUAGAAGAAGAAGAGGAGGAGGAGGAAGAGGAGGAGGAGGAAGAGGAGGAGGAGCAGAAAACAAACGGCUCUUCUCAGAGCCACCACCUGUUUGUUCUAGAGCUGAAGUCCAGUCACGUGUCUGAUCACGAGCUUCUACUAACUUUGUGUCACACUGUACUUCUGAUAGUACUACUACAACUUUAUUUACUAACUUUACUGACUGUACUACUUUAUUUACUAACUUUACUGACUGUACUCUAACUUUAUUUACUA